AGAACGGAGAUUCCUAUGAGUGUGCAAUGGGAAAUAAUUGCACGCAGUCAAAGCCAUUCAUUCAAGACCUUGAGGAGCACCAGCUCAGUAAUUCAGCACCACAGCCUAGUGGACACCGCACAACACACAACGCAACGGAGGACAUCAAAUUCCAGUGGAUGGAUUCAACCAGUGGUACAAUUCUAAGACUUAAAAUAUAUUCAAGAUACAAUAUAAAGUUUUGACAUAGGCUUAACUAAAGUCAUCUUUCAGAGGAAAACUUCGUUGGAUAAAGAGUUUAGCCACUCUUCGCUUGCGUAAUGCUGGUGUAGGCAAAAGUGCUAUUAGGGAUGACUGAAUGCGCCCGGCGCCUGGAAUCGGGGUCUUGAUACUGUAGGCGUUAGGAGUGUUGUGGAGCUGCCGGAGAGCCCCUUCAUUAUUAAGAAGGAUGCUGGUGGGAAAUGCCUGGAGACAGAGAGGACGAGAUUUUUCGAAAGGCUCUGGAACUGCUGUCGGAUCUCUGUUCUAGGGGCGAAGUGCAAAACGAAAACUGUGUGGAUUUUAUAUACUAUUUUCGAGAUCUUGCCAGACCAAGAUACUCAGACUCAGACGAGUCAGUGAGCCUGCUGUCUCUGGUGGUGACCACCUGUGGCCUAGCCCUUUUCGGGGUUUCACUUUUCGUCUCGUGGAAGCUGUGCUGGGUGCCAUGGCGCGACCGUGGCCUCCCCAACGGCCUGAAGGAUGGCCAGGGGGACCAGCAGCCAGUCAUGAUGGAGGUGGAUGGGGUGGAGAAUGAGUACAGUGAAGACUGUGUCAAGGAGCCUCCAGGCCUGUUAGUCCCCGAGGCAAUCAUGAAGAUCAGCCACACAUCCCCAGACAUCCCACUGGAGGCCCAAUCCAAGCUCAAGGAGAACCAUGUCCGCCACACCACCCGCGUGCAGCGCCAGAUCACUGAGCCCACCUCCUCUGUCCGGCACAACUCCAUCCGCCGCCAAAUGAACCUAUCCAACCCAGACUUCAACAUUGGCCAGUUCCAGAGACAGGAGUCCCUGGCCACUCUGGGCCGGAUCAAACCCGAGCUCUAUAAGCAACGCUCUGUGGACACGGACGACGGCAGGAAGACGGACAGCUGCGGCCGCAUACAUUUCAUCCUCAAGUUUGACUGUGACCUGGAGCAUCUCAUCAUCAAGAUCCACAAGGCCCAGGAUUUACCGGCCAAGGAUUUCUCAGGAACCUCUGACCCUUACGUCAAGAUCUACCUGCUCCCCGACCGCAAGACCAAGCACCAGACCAAGGUGCACCGCAAGACCCUCAACCCUGUGUUCGACGAGGUCUUCCUGUUCCCUGUGGCCUACACUGAGCUGCCCACACGCAAACUGCACUUCAGCGUCUACGACUUUGACCGCUUCUCCCGCCACGACAUCAUUGGCCAGGUGCAGGUGGAUAACUUCCUGGACCUUGCAGACUUCCCCAGAGAGACUAAACUCUGUAGGGACAUCCAGUACGUCACCUCGGACAAUGUGGACUUGGGGGAUCUCAUGUUCUCCCUGUGUUACCUACCAACGGCUGGAAGGCUAACCAUCACAAUGAUCAAGGCUAGGAACCUCAAAGCCAUGGACAUCACUGGAGCCUCAGAUCCAUAUGUGAAGGUGUCUUUGAUGUGUGAGGGACGGAGAUUGAAGAAGAGGAAAACAUCCACCAAGCGAAACACUCUGAAUCCAGUCUACAACGAAGCCAUAGUAUUUGAUGUCCCUCCUGAGAACAUUGAUCAGAUCAGUCUCCUAAUAGCAGUGAUGGACUACGAUCGUGUAGGUCACAAUGAGGUCAUUGGAGUGUGUAGGGUGGGCAAUGAGGCGGAGAGCCUGGGCCGAGACCACUGGAACGAGAUGCUGUCAUACCCCCGCAAGCCCAUCGCCCACUGGCACCCCCUGGUAGAGUGGAUGGGUCAGGGAACUGCAGGUGGAAGCCAGGGCGGUUCCACCAACUCUCUGAAGACUCCUCCCUCACCAUAAAGAGAACACAGGGUGGUGAAGGAGAGGAACAGCAGAGACCCCAAGCAUCAAGAGAGGAGGAGAGAUCAGUAUGCUAGUAAUGGUAGAUGUUACACUUGGUUUCCCCAACAUAAAUUAAGCUUAGUGCUGAACUAAAAAGCAUGCUCAAUAGAAGAUCCAUUUGAAAGUGCUUACUGAUCCAGGACAGGCUUAAAACUUCUUCAGGAUUGGUGGGUCCCCUGCAGGACGGUUGAGCUAAUGUAGGCUAAUGUGAUUAGCAGGUUGUAAGUAACAAGAACAUUUCCCAGGACAUAGACAUAUCUGAUAUUGUCAGAAAGCUUAAAUUCUUGUUAAUCUAACUGCACUGUCUAAUUUACAGUAGCUAUUACAGUGAAAGAGUACCAUGCUAUUGUUUGAGGAGAGUGCACAGUUUUGAACAUGAAAAGUUAUUAAUAAACAAAUUAGGCACAUUUGGGCAGUCUGGUACAACAUUUUGAACAGAAAUGCAAUGGUUCAUUGGAUCAGUCUAAAACUUUGCCCAUACACUGCUGCCAUAUAGUGGCCAAAAUUUAAAUUCCACCUGGGCUGGAAUAAUUUCUCUUGCAUUUCAAAGAUGAUAGUACAAAAAAAUUCAAAAAAAUAUAUAUAUUUUUCUUUGUAUUAUGUUUUACCAGAUGUAAUGUGUUAUAUUCUCCUACAUUCCUUUUACAUUUCCACAAAAAGUGUUUCCUUUCAAAUGGCACCAAGAAUAUAUGUUUAGUCAACUGCAUGUCCAGUGGCCAUUCAUUAGUACUAUUUGUUUAAAAAACUACAGAAAUCUAAAAAGUGUUAAAGUUUCAGUUGGGAGGUAAUAAUAUAGUCUUGUUUAUGUCUUGUUUAAUAACACAUUGUUACAAUUAAUUGAUCUUUGUUAUUUGGGUACAGUGCAUGGUUCUUUGUGCGUAAUAUUGCUCUUUGGUUGAUUACUUUGCGAGAUACUAACAUACUGUAAACAUAAAAUGUACCAUGAAACUAAGACCUAGUAUGUAAAUUGUCCAUUCAGAUGUUACUAAAUAAAUAUUUAUAUUAUAAAUUUA